AUGGCCGUCUUCGACACCCCCCAGGAGGCCUUCGGGGCCCUGCGCCCCGUCUGCGUGCAGCUGACGAGGGCACAGACCAUGGAGAACGUGGCGCGCCUGCAGGCCCACCUGGCAGCGGUCAGCGCCUCGGCCCUGCAGGAGCUGCAGGAGUACGUCCUCUUCCCCCUGCUCUUUGCCCUGAAGGUGCCGGGGCCCAAGCAGGAGCGUCUAGUGCAGAGCGUGGUGCAGUGCAUGUCCUCUGUCCUCGCAGCGACGUGUGUGAAGAAGCAGGAGCUCCUGCAGGAGCUUUUUUCUGAGCUCUGUGCAUGCCUCUCUCCCCCUUCUGGCUCAAACAAGCCAGCCUCGCUGUCAGAGGAGUUAAAACUGGCUGUAAUCCAGGCACUCCACACCCUGAUGCAUUCAGCUUAUGGGGAUGUUAUCUUGUCUCUGUAUCAACCCUCCACUCUUCCUCUCUUAGGAUUUGCUGUAUCUUUGCUUCUGGGCCUAGCAGAGCAAGAAAAAGCAAAGCAAAUUAAGAUCUCUGCUUUGAAGUGCUUACAGGUCCUAGUUCUGCAGUGUGACUGCCAGGAGCAUCGACACCUAGAUGAAGACGAGGCACAGCAAUGUGGGGAUUUGUUUGCUUCUUUUCUGCCUGGAAUUUCCAUUACGCUGUCUCGGGUUAUUACUGGAGACAUCAAACAAGGUCACAAACCCACCGUUUCUGCCAUCAGGCUCUUUUAUCUGAUUGUUGGCUUGGUAAUGGCUGAUGCACAGCUAGCCAGAAUACCAAAGAAUAAAGAAAAGCUGCCAGGGGAACAAAGCAGAAUAUCAGAACUAAUGGUCCAUAGAGGACCUGACUGGAGUAAAAGUACUGCUGAAAAACUCUCUCUCCUCCUGCAUAAAACAGUUGAAUUUUCAUCAGUUCACCCCCACUGGAAAGUGAGGCUGGAGCUAGUGGAACUGGUCCACCACUUACUGAGUAACUGCAGCCAGUCCCUGGUGGACUCAUUCAGUCAUCUUUUAAAGGCCUUGGUUGGGCUGGUUAACGAUGAAAACAGCAAAGUCCAAAGCAGGUGUAAUGAGGUUCUGCAAGGCAUUGCAGAGCAGAGGAUCGUAGCACAGAACAGGGCUCUUGCUGAUGUCCUCUCCGAGAACCUCCAUUCCCUUGCCACAGCUCUUCCUCGCCUGAUGAACUCUCAGGAUGACACGGGCAAGGUUUCCACUUUGAGCUUGUUGCUCGGCUAUCUAAAGCUGCUGGGGCCCAAGAUCAACAUUGUCCUCAACUCCGUAUCCCACCUCCACCGUCUGUCCAAAGCACUGAUGCAAGUUCUGGAGUUGGACGUGACAGAUGUGAAGAUAGUGGAAGACAGACGCUGGGGCUGCGAGGGCACGUGUGGACCUUCAGGCUCCUUGCAGCAUGGUGUGCAGAAAAGCAGAUGUCAGAAGAAAUACUUUCGCUUCUUCACGGAGGAGAAAAUCUUCCAGCUCCUUCAGCAAGUUUGUCGUGUUCUUGGCUACUACGGGAACCUCUAUUUGCUUGUGGAUCAUUUCAUGGGGCUGUACGGUGAAUCUGGCAUGUACCGAAAGCAGGCAGCUAUGGUCCUCAAUGAGCUGAUUGCAGGAGCUGCUGGAGUGGGAGUGGAUGUCCUUCAGGAAAGGGAAGUUUCGCUGAGCAUGGAUGAUCUCAAAGGGUCCAUAACAUCCAUUCUCGAUGAGUACACAGAGGAGGCGAACUGGUAUUUGAUCACUAGCAUUGAUACAGAAGAAAUCAGCCAUGAGCACUCUGUGCAACAUUCAGGACUUACUGCCCAUCCAGGAGGUGCGUGCAGCAGCAUUCUCCUUCCAUCUGCAGAGCUGCACGUAACAACCCGCACCAUGAACAGCAACAUCUGGCAGAUCUGCAUCCAGCUGGAAGGCGUUGGCUGCUUUGCUGCUGUCCUCGGGAAGGAGUUCCAGUUUCUUCUGCUGUCAGCUCUCUACCCCGUGUUGGAAAAGGCUGGUGACAAGACUCUGCUCAUCAGCGAGACAGCACUGGGGACACUGGUAGACAUAUGCGAGGCCUGCAGUUAUGACUCUGUGCAGUGUUUGAUUAAUGAGAAUUCUGACUAUCUGGUGAAUGGGAUUUCCCUGAAUUUGCGCCAGCUGGCACAUCAGCCACAUGCUUCGCAGGUCCUGGACACUAUGCUGAGGCAUUCAGAUGCCAGCUUGCUGCCGCUGGUAGAAGACGUUAUCCAAGAUGUCCUGUCUACGCUAGAUCAGUCUUACAAUAACCAAGCUUCCACUUUCCUCAGGGUACUCCACUCAGUAAUGACAGCUUUAGCCCAGUGGUUUGGAUUGUCUUGCGAUGAGCAACACCAACAAAGGCAGACGGCCAAGUGGCGGAGCGGGACUUUGUCCCAGGGGCAGCAGGUGGUGACAAGGCAAGAAGUGGAACAAUUCUUCCUUGACUAUGUCAGACAGAAGCAGAUUGCAGAGGGCAAUCUUCCUGACACAGGGGACGAGGAGGCAGAUGAGGUUCCACCCCUUGCUAAGCCGGAGCCAAAGGACUCUGAUGCGGAAAGAGAAACCCCACUGCCAAGCCAUGCUCAGCUGGCCAAAGAUGUGAUGGAGAGGUGCAUCCACUUGCUGUCUGAUGGGAACCUCCGAGUGCGGCUGAAGGUCCUGGAUGUGCUGGAGCUCUGUGUAACUGUGUUGCAUCCUCAUGGAAACCAUCUGCUUCCCAUGGCUCAUCGUGUCUGGCCAGCUCUUGUCACCCGGCUGAUUAGCGAUGACCCUCUGGCAGUGCUCAGAGCCUUCAAGGUGCUGUGUACCCUGGCUGAAAAGUGUGGGGACUUUCUGAGGCAGAGAUUCUCCAAGGAUGUCCUGCCUAAGCUGACCAGUUCCCUCCUCAGCCAAGCCCCAGCAAGUGCCAGAGCUGGGCCCGUGUACAACCACACCCUUGCCUUCAAGUUGCAGCUGGCUGUGUUGAAGGGACUGGGUUCUCUGUCCGAGAAGUUGGAUAUGGGUGAGAAUGACCUGAAUAAAGUGGCAGAUGCCUGCCUGAUUUACCUCAGUGCCAAGCAACCCAUGAAAUUGCAAGAAGCUGCCCAGAGUGUUUUCCUCCACUUAAUGCACAUGGACCCAGACAGCACCUGGCUCCUCCUGAACGAGGUCUGCUGCCCUCACCAGUAUGAGCCCCCCCACGUCAGCCUCCAGCCCGUGAAGUUCAGUGGGAUGGGGAGACAGCGGAACGAGUUCACCGACAAUGUGAGGCUCCUGUUGGAGAAGCUGCAGCAGCGGGAGAGCGCAACGCCGUGGGCAUCUCCUCCUUGA